AUGUCAACUGUUGGAAUUACAUCUAACAUAACUAUGGCUGGUGUAGACCCAUGGACUAUACAGCCACACGAGCAUGUCAAGUUCUCGGAGCAUUUCAAGAACCUGGGGCCGCUCAACGGAACCUUGACCGGAGAACAGGCUAAGAGGUUUAUGUUGCAGUCACAACUCCCACCGCCGAUUCUUGGACAAAUCUGGUCUUUGGCCGACACCAAUGCUGACGGGAAACUGGACUUGAAGGAGUUCUCUAUUGCAUGCAAGAUAAUAAAUCUAAAACUCCAUGGGAUCGAAGUGCCGAAGACCUUGCCACCAGCUCUUCUUGCCUCCCUGAGUCCCAUUGGCGCCCAAAAACCCCAAUUUCCACCAACAAAACCACCCAUCCCACCAAUGCCGGCCAUGUCCCCACAAUCUUUAAUUAGCGGUCUACCACCGCAGAACAAUCAAUCACUGUUAGGUGACUUAGUUGGGCCACCAUUGGUCAACACAACCCCACAACCACCACUCAUACCACCAAUGGUACCACCAGUAAAACCUUUAAUACCUAACACAGUCCCUGAUUUGAUAUCAGGGGUUAAACCACCCGGACCGAUGACACCUCUAACACAACCUCUGGUGGGCAGCGUACCAAUGGUUCCUUCACAACCAAUGACUCAACAACCAUUAAUACCAACAGGACAGCCAAUGAUACCACCAAUGAACGCACAACCGCUUACGGCACAAUCAUUAAUCGACGCACAACCAUUGGUUGCAACCUCACAACCAUUAAUGUCUUCGCAACCAUUGAUUUCUACACAACCAAUGAUACCGCCGCAGUCGAUGAUGGCUCAAAACCCGCCUUUGAUACCUCCACAACCGAUGGUUGCACAACAACCACCUAUGAUACCUCCGCAACCGUUAGGCGGACCGACUCCAAUGAUUCCUUCCUCACAACCGCAAAUUCCUGGAGGCACGACUAUGGGCUCGUUGAUAUCAAGCCCUCCGAAGCCAGGAGUCACAACCAUGGCUGGAAUGGGGCAACCAAUUACAUCUACCCCAAUCACUGCUAUUAAAAGUGAUAACACAUCCAAACCUGGUUCCGUAGUGGGUUCGGUGGUGACCAGCCCCACAGAAGUAAUGGGUGUGAUGUCCCCAUCAACAGUCGUCGAGUGGGGAAUUCCACAACCGCAGAAAUUGAAGUACACUCAGCUCUUCAACGCCACGGACCGCGCAAAGAAUGGGUCUGUGUCGGGGGCGCAGGCUCGCUCCAUCAUGCUCCAGUCGCGUCUCCCGCAGCAGGCCUUGGCGCAGAUCUGGGCCUUAUCUGACCUGGAUUCGGACGGCAAAUUGGGCUGUGAAGAGUUCGUGUUAGCAAUGUAUUUAUGUGAGAAGGCCACGCAAGGGGAGCCAGUGCCGGCUAAACUACCCCUGGAGCUCAUUCCCCCUACAUUCAGAAGAGAAUCAGUGACGUCAAAUACUAGUGCGAAGUCUUACGAAGAGAGAAGAAGAGAGAACAUGGCGCGUGGUCAGGCUGAGUUGGAGAGGAGAAGAACGCAGUUAGCCGACGCGCAGUUGAAGGAAAAAGCGGAAAGAGAACGCAAGGAAAGAGAAGAAGCUGAAAAGAGGGAGAAAAUACGUUUAGAAGCGCAAAAGAGGGAGCAAGAAGAAUUUUUAAGGAAACAGAAAGAGGAACAGGAAAAACGUGAAGCGGCCCGAAAAGAGAUGGAGAGACAGUGUCAGCUAGAGUGGGAGAAGAAAAGGACCCGUGAACUGGAAGCCAUGCGGACUGAAGAACAGACUAAAGUGUUAAGCAUGAAAGCGAAGAGUCAGGCUCUGUCAGCGGAACUGAGCACCGUGUCAGCUAAGGCCAGCAACUUAGCCAAAGACAUCAGGGAGACCAGGACUGCUGUGGCCUCGGCCAAGUGUACUAUAGAUGGCAUGAGGUCCGACCGCGACUCCAGUAUGGCGGAAAUGCAACAGCUCAAAGCUAAAGUCAAGGAGUUGAACGCCAAACAGAUCGCUCUGAACAAAGAAAAGGCGGAACUGGAUGCGAAGGCCAAAGCCUCAGAGGGCGCCGGUGAGGACGGAAAGUUGAAUAUGAUGGAAAUUACUCUCAAACAACUGAGAGAUAAGGUUGAGGCUGCUAAAGCUCUCGUAGAGUCCAAGAAACAGGAUCUGGAGACGAACAAGUCUUCUCUCUCUUCUCUGCACGAAACGGUAGCAUCUCUUGGCGAGAAGUGUGAUAGAGUGUGGCAGUUAUACGAGCAGAGACGACAAGAGUACGCUGCUAGGAGUUCAGCUCCCGCUGAAAGCGCUUGGCCGAGCGAUGAUGCAGCGUGGGGUACAACCAAUGACGCGUGGGGGGAACCAGCUGCUGCCGAAGAAGCUUGGGGUGAUGCUCCUGCUACUACAGCGACGGAGGCGGUUACGUCGGUUGGGGCGGUUGGUUCGGUUGGAGCAAUUGGAUCGGUUGGAGCAAUUGGAUCGGUUGGGGCGGCUGGUUCGGUUGGGGUGGUUGGGGCGGUCGGGACGUCUCCGCGCUGGCGCUGCGUGUACGAGUUCUCGGCGCGGACGGCCGAUGAACUCAGUCUACAGCCCGGAGAUGCGGUAUACGAUGCACCCCCUCCAAGGGGAGAUGCUGAACCCGGUUGGAGAUGGGGUACCGCUAGAGGUCAAUCGGGCUGGUUCCCUGAAUCAUAUGUGGAAGAUAUCAACGCUCCGGCAGUUUAUGCUGAGGUUAUUGAGCCAAUGGAGACCAAGACACAGCUUGAAGGUAUUGCUGAGGUGCCCGAGGCUGAAAUAUCAAACGAUUUGGGCGGCGCCAUGCCUGUUGUUGAAGGUGGUGACUUCUACAUAGCAGCCUAUCCUUACACCUCCACGGAGCCAGGUGACCUGACCUUCGAAGGGGGUGAGAGGAUCGAGGUGAUCAGACGUGAUGGAGACUGGUGGACCGGCAGGAUUGGCAUCAGAACUGGUAUCUUCCCAUCGAACUACGUGACCAAAGACACCACGACCACGGACAAUAUAGCGCCCAUCCCCGAGGCGGUGGAGCCCCCCUCUGAGGAGGGCCCCGCACCAGCUCCCCCAGCCCCACCACCAGCCUCGCCCCCCGCACAGGAACAAAAAUCUUCGACCCCAAUAUCAUCGGAGGUGGCUUCCAUCACAGACUCCGUCCCUCGGCCCGCGUCCGCCGCGCGAAGGGACAGCGGGAGGGACUCCGUCACGGGGCGGAAGAAGAACGAGAUCGCCCAGGCCAUAGCCAACUAUACAGCUUCCAGCACGGAACAGCUCUCCCUGACCAGGGGUCAACUCCUGGUUGUGAGGAAGAAGGCUGACAGCGGCUGGUGGGAGGGAGAACUGCAGGCUAAGGGUAGGAACCGUCAAGUCGGAUGGUUCCCCGCAAGCUAUGUUAAGAUACUACAGUCCUCUGGGCGCACAUCAGGUCGAACGACUCCAGUUCUAUCCAAGAUGGACACCCUCCCUGCUGAGACCGUCAUUGACAAGGUUAUAGCCCUAUACCCCUACACGGCUCAGAACGCAGACGAGCUGAGCUUCGAGAAGGACGAUAUCAUAGCCGUGACCGACAGGAGCCAGGACCCCGCUUGGUGGCAAGGAGAACUAAGGGGCAUGACCGGCCUAUUCCCAAGCAACUACGUCACAAAAUUAGUCAACUAA